AUGUCAUCUAUAGUUAUUAAUGAAGAAAAUAUUAUUUAUGAAAAAGACUUAAAUAUGGAGUUAAAUAAUAUAACGCUUGAUUUGGAGGAAGACACUGAAAUAUAUAUUACGAAACAAAUAACCAUUAAAACUGUAUUGCAUUCAUUAACUCCUAUUGAAUAUCCACUAACAAGCAAAGAUGGAGUUGUGAUAGUUUAUUAUAUUGAAGGGUGGCAAGAUAUUCAGUAUCCUAUAGGUGAACCUUUUGGACAAAAUUUGACAACCUGUAGUUAUCUUAGUGAUGUUAUCGUAAAUAAAAAAGAUAGAAUAUAUCAUAGAUUUAAAAUAUGUGAAUUUGCAAGUUCAAAACUUCGAGAAAUAGAAUACGAGUCUAUAGAUCCUGAUUCUGAUUUAUGCCUAAAAGUGAAUGAGGAAUUAUCAACAAUUCAAACUGAAUGUCGCUAUAAUAAGGAUAACAUAAAAUGCACUAGAAGGCCUGUAUUAAAAUGUCUAAAGUGUCGUAAUAAAACAAUAUCACCAUCUUAUUUUAUUAGUUGUGAUAGAUGGAAUUUUAAUAAAAAGUUUUACCAGUAUAUAAGUAUUAAAGAAAAUAUUGACCUUAAUUUACUUCAACAACUUUUAAAUGGAUUAUAUGAGGAUGAAAUAGACAAACCA